AUGGACCUGGCCAGGUCCCACAGCUCCCUGGGACCCCAGGUUGUGGUGAUCUCCAUAGUCUGCCACCUACCUGUGGACUUGAUGGAGCCUCCAGGCUGUGGGUCUUCCUGUUGUCAGUCCAGCUGCUGCAAGCCCUGCUGCUGUCAGUCCAGCUGCUGCAAGCCCUGCUGUUGUGGGUCUUCCUGCUGCCAGUCCAGCUGCUGCAAGCCCUGCUGCUGUCAAUCCAGCUGCUGCAAGCCUUGCUGCUGCCAGUCUAGCUGCUGCAAGCCCUGCUGCUGCCAGUCUAGCUGCUGCAAGCCCUGCUGCUGCCAAUCCAGCUGCUGCAAGCCUUGCUGCUGCAAACCCUGUUGCUCUUCAGGUUGUGGGUCAUCUUGCUGCCAGUCCAGCUGCUGCAAGCCCUGCUGCUGUCAAUCCAGCUGUUGCAAACCCUGCUGCUGUGAGUCCAGCUGUUGUGGGCCUGUGUGCUGCCAGUCUGUGGAGGCUGCAAGGGAGGCUGUGGCUCCUGUGGGGGCUGCAAGGGAGGCUGUUGCCAGUCCAGCUGCUGCAAGCCCUGCUGCUGUCAGUCCAGCUGCUGCAAGCCCUGCUGCUCUUCAGGCUGUGGGUCUUCAUGCUGUCAGUCCAGCUGCUGCAAGCCCUGCUGCUGCCAGUCUAGCUGCUGCCAGUCCAGCUGCUGCAAGCCCUGCUGCUGCCAGUCUAGCUGCUGCAAGCCCUGCUGCUGCCAGUCCAGCUGCUGUAAGCCCUGCUGCUGUAAGCCCUGCUGCUGUCAGUCCAGCUGCUGCAAGCCCUGCUGCUGCCAGUCCAGCUGCUGCAAGCCCUGCUGCUGCCAGUCCAGCUGCUGUGCUCCUGUGUGCUGCCAGUGCAAGAUCUGAGAUAUCGGACAAUCUAGUUAUCAGCUGA